AUGAUUUUUAACAAAAGCUAUUUGACUACCUUUUCAAAAAAUAAACCAUUUUUAGCCUUAGCAAGUAAAGGGAAAAUUAUUGAUUCAAAAUUUACACUUAGCUCUGAAUUAAGUUUGUAUGAUUACUCUGAAGAUAUACAUUAUUCUCCAUUACAAACAGAUAGUGAAUAUUGUAAACUGGAAUGGUGUGAAAAAGAGAAUUUUCAAAUUUUAGCAUGUGGCCACACUAAUGGAUCAAUAAGUCUAUAUGAACCAAAUUUAGAUGGUAAAUCUUCUAAUGAUGAAUCUUUUAGGUUGGUGAAAUCUUUUGAGGGAUUGAAUGGUAAAGUUCUAGGUAUAGAUUAUAAUAGCAAUAAAAACGUUAUAGCUGCAGGAUCUGCCAAGGGAAAUAUUAUAUUUUGGAAUUUAGAUAAAAUAGAUCAGCAAUAUAAAUGCGAUAUUCCAAUUACUGAAAAUAUUACUUCAUUAGCGUGGAAUACAAAAGUUUCGCGAAUUUUAUGUGCAGGUACAGAAUGUGGUAAAAUUCUAAUACUAGAUAUUAGAGCGAAAAACGUUGCUAUGACAUUGCAAAAUAAAGAUAUAAAAAUUAUUAAUAAUGUAAAAUGGCACCCUAAAUGCAGUACAACAAUUUUUGCGUCUACUAAUUUGCCUUAUUUGGCUUGUUUCAAGUUAGAUUCAAAUAGUAUGACACAAGUGGGUAAAUUUGAAUCUUCAACAAUAAGCUUUAAUUCUUUAAAUGAAAAUACAAUAGUUUGUUAUAGCGACAACCAAGCAGAUUAUAUUGAUGUAGAUACACUUACUGUCAAAGAAUCUUUAAAAGUCGAAAAUGUUUUUGAUGUGAGUUUUAGUCAAAAAGAUCCAAUUUAUUGUUGUUCAUACAACACUGGCACUACAGAAAUAUUUUCUAAAAUGCUAUCAAGAAAUGAAGGUAAUUGCCAGGUACAAUUAGACAAUUAUAUUGUAGGUAAAAAUAUUUAUAAAAUAAGAAGAGAAAAAUUAGAAUUUAAAGAAAAUGAUAAUGCAGAAAGUAAAAUAUUUGAUAUUUUGUAUGCAGGGAAAAAUUUUAAUUUUAAUAAAGAAACAAGAAAAACUUUGGGUAAUUUUUUAUUAGACAAUGCUUCUAUGCUAUUUAAUGUUAAGUUAGAGAAAACUCAAAGUGAAAUAAAGUUUGAUUUGACAGAUAAAGUAAUUCUUACACUGAUUAAAAAUGAAAUUACAACCAAAGAAGAUAUUUUUGAUGGAAGGACUGUUAGUUUAAAUUUUUUAUUUCAACUUUUAUUAAAAAAUGAAGAAAUUGAAAUAAGUGAUCCUUUAUAUUUUUUGCUUAAUAUAAUUAUUAAUAAGAAUUAUACUAAUUUUUGGAAAAGUAUUUCAUCUGAUCAAUGGCCUAUUAUGAUUGCUAUUCUUAUCUUUUCUGACCUUUCCGAUGAGGAAGUAUUGACAAGAAUAAAGGAGAUACAAAAUGAUUUGCAGAUACCAAUACUAAAUUUAUUGAUAAAUGAACCGCAAUUAUAUUUUAAUACAAGAGAAACUGUUACAGAUUUACCUAAAAAUAUAUUUGAAAUUUUACCAUUUUUUCAAAGAUAUGGUAGUGAACUUAUUGUGUUAAAAAAGCUUAAUUUACAAUACAAUAAUCCAUUACUUAAUGAAUAUUUUUGGUUUGCAAAAAAUUACGGUAUGUACAAUGAUUUAAAAGAUGUAAAUUUUGAAGAUAAAAUUAUUAAGACAUAUAUUAAUGGUGGUGAAUUUAAUGAAAAAAAAAUAAUUGAUAAACUUGAAAAUGUAUCAAUAAAAGCAUCUGAUUUUGUCAAUAAAACAGUCACAGAGCCAUCCAACCAAUCUUUGUUUAAAAAUGCACCUAAGCCAUCAUUGUACUCUAGUGGGGCGAAUAAAAGUGUAACUGGAUUUUCUACAAAGCCGAUGCCUAAGACGGAUAGUCAAGAAAAUGCAACUGCUGUUACUAAUAACAAGCCUUUACCAUCGAAAAAAUCUCUUUAUUCCGGCGUUUUGAAUAGGAGCAUGACAAACUUUAGUUCAAAACCAGGUACUCCUGUUUCUACAUAUGGACAACAAAGGACUAUUCAAACACAGCCAAACACGUCGUUUGCUAAAAACAAGCCCGAUGUUAUUCCUACGCCUUUUAAUCGUCCUAAUUUGUCUUCGACUUUAUCCAAUCCAGCUAGUAAAAAUGGUUCUUUUCCUAUACCUACACCAUCUAUGCAAUCAAAAUCCUCAGUGUACACGCCCAAGUCUUCUUCUAAAGAUGUAACAUCACCUGUUUUACCUGGUACACAAAAAACUGAAACCGCUGCUUCAUCAACUUAUGAUGUUGUUGCUAUAAGUAAAGAUUUAGAGGAGGUUUUUGAAAAUCUUAAACAAACCGCAAGCAAAAAAAAUAAUUUAAUUGUUGGAAAUAAAAUUAAAGAUGCUGUGCGACGUUUUGCUAUUUUUCAACAAUCUAAUAAAAAUGAACUAUCAUUACCACUGGUAGAAAUUAUUACUAAGAUUUUAGAUGUAAUAAAUUCUGAAGUAGAUAAAACAAUGUUGAAACAUAAAGUCAGAUCGCUGAUUGAAGAUGCUAAUGACGUUAAAAAUUUACAAAGUGAUAUUUGGUUACCUGCUAUUGGUAUUUUAGUACAACUGGUUUAUUAA